UUAGUUUAUUUGCAUCUGCAUCCGAAAUUAAUUUCGAAAACAAUGUCGAACGGUUCACCUGGUCGGCAUUCCAACAAAGCAUUCUCUAUUGGAAGCGAUGAUGGAGAAAAUGAGAAUGUCUUUGUUGAGGAAACAUCGACACCUCCGAAGACGCCGCUUGGAACGCUUCUCACCAACUGCACCGAGCAAUCUCCCUUGAUUCUUCCGAUGCCUACCAGGCCAAGGCUUGAAGAUUCACCUGUCGCCGAACACGAUCAUCAUAUUGUUGUUGACGUUUUCACUGUGAACAAUGACGACGGAACCUGGAAACAAGCAUCGCGAUUUGCUCGUUACGAAGAGGAUUGUGAAGGUUUUGACAAUCAUCUUGGAAGACCUCAUGUUCCGUGUAUUCCAAUGGGAACAUAUGAUGCUCUUAAGAUGGUGACGGCAAAAAGUAUUCUCUUCCCGAAAGUCCAAUAUGAAAGUUUGGACGAAUUUGUUAAUUUUCUCGAAACGAAAAUUGUUGAUCCCGACGUUCCGAAGCUUGGCGAGAAAAUUGCCAAGCUAAUCAAUGACCGAAUUGCUGAAAUUGAAAAAAUGAGACCAUUGCAUCAACGGAAUAGCUCAUCGACCCAAUCCCUGGACGCAUCAAACCCACAAACAAUCUCUACUGUUGGCAUCUUUCCCCGAUCCCUGCUGUCUGCACCCAACAAUCUCGGCAGCUUGGCCCAUCACCCAAUGAGAAGGCUUCCAACAUCUCAUUCGGGAUUGCGAUUCGGGAGUUCUUUCCUUCCUCAACAACCAGUCGUAUCGCAAUUGGAGCCGGUAAUCUGGGACGAGGACAACGAAAUCAGUAUGUUGGUGGCUGGAGAGAUCCCACAUGUUAAUGUUUGCCGGUUCAUUGCGAUUCGUUUUGUUGAGACAACGGCAAUGGAAAAAAUUUUCCCAAAUAUGACAAACGUUCGACAUCUCUUCUUCUUGAUUGGUCCAGCACUCGAGAACGUAACGUACCUCGAUUUGGGUCGAGCGUUGGCGUCCGUUGUUUCAAAUCCGCCCGCCACAACCACCUUCGAUCAGUUAAAAUCUCCAGAUUCCAUCACCAAGGCAAUCGAGAGAUUUCUCGCCGGUACCGUUGUAAUUGCCCCGGGACGGAUUGACAACAAAAAUUUGGUUCGAAGCGAUCUUAUUCGGAAGCUCGUAAACAUGCAAGGCGAGAAGACUGAAACCAAAAUCGUUCACCCAAAGGACGUCGACGUUGAACGAAAUGCUACAAAGAAAGCUGAAGAAGCAGAAGAUAAACCUUUCCGCUUGUUUUCCGGAGUCACAUCAGAUCUUCGAAAUCGAGCCAAACAUUAUUUCUCAGACUACAGGGAUGGUUUUAAUAUUUCAAUUUUCACAGUUGUUUUCUAUAUGUUUUGCGUAACUGUAGUACCAACAUUAACGUUUGGAGCUAUCAUGGGAGCUGGUACAUCGGGCUUGUUGGCAGUAAAAGAAUGUCUUGUGAGUCAGGCACUGUCAGGACUCAUUUGGUCCGUAUUAUCCUGCCAACCGUUACUGGUUAUGUCUCCCACCGGUCCUUUUCUUGUUUUUGAAAAAGCUUUGUUCAAGUUCACCGAUCAAAAUGACAUGGAUUUUCUGGAAGUGCGAUUUUACACUGGUAUUUUUCUUUUCUUCAUUUCCAUCGUCGGGGCUGCAACAAACUGUGCUCACUUGAUUCAUUAUGUCACGAUUUACACGGAAGACAUUUUCUGCGCUCUCAUCUCUUUGAUUUUCUUCUCAGAAGUUGUUGAAUUUAUCCACCUCCAAGAAGAGCACAACAGUAUUGAGAAUCUGAAAUACUACAUUGAGAACGCCGCAAACUGCACUGUUACUGAAGUCAAAGACUGUGCAUUGAGUCGUCCCAACACCUUCUUGCUUCAAUUGAUUAUGGUGGUUGUUUCAAUUGCCAUUUUUCAUUACUUGAGACAAGUCAGCAGAAGCACAUUCUUCGGAAGAACUUUCCGAAACCUUUGCAAAAAUUUCGGAGGAAUAUUUGCCGUGAUUGCCGUCAGCAUUGCCUACCGCAUUCUUUUCCAAAAUGUCGGCGUCGCGGUGGUCGAUAUACCGGUCGCGGUGGGACAAUCCCGACCUUUCGACGGAAUAUUUGUUAUCCCGUCUGCCCCUCCUACUGCUAGUACACUUACAAUUGCUUUAAUUUCUUCUAUACUGCUUUUUGUUUUGAUUUUUGUUGAAACUGAAAUCCCCGAACAGAUGGCAUUGCGAGAGGGUAGAAAACUGAAAAAAGGAGGUGGCCUUCAUUGGGACUUGAUUGUUGUUGGAUUUUGCACACUGGUUAGUUCUGUUCUUGGUCUUCCGUGGAUGUGCCCUGCCGCUGUUCAAUCUCUGGCUCAUAUCACUUCUUUGACUGAAUACAAGAAAUCUGCACCAGGAGUCCCGUCUAGAAUCUCCCAUGUCAUUGAACAACGCGUUUCCGGAAUGGUCACCUACCUCUUGCUUGGCACAUUUGCCAUUCUUGGACAUUUUCUUGCAAUUCCUGCUGCCACAAUUUUCGGUGUAUUCUUCUAUCUUGGAGUUCGUAACUUGGAGGGAAGUAAGAUGAUCCUUCGUCUCAAGUUGUGCUUCCUACCCAGCAAAUACCGUGGAUCGCACAAAUUCCUUGAAAUUGCACCGUUCUAUACUAUCCAAAUCUACACUGUCAUCCAAUACCUGAUCGCUGGUGCAAUGUUUGCGGCUAAAUCUAGUAAAAUUGGUGGCCUUCUCUUCCCACUCUUUAUUGUAUCCAACGCCAUAUUUGUGAAACAUGGACUCAGUGUUAUUUUCGACAAGGAACUUCUAGAAGCGCUUGAUAGCGAAGAUCACGACAAUGAUGAUGCCGACAGGGACAAUGAAGAAAACCCCGAAGAUUUCUAUCAGAAUACUCGCAUCCCGGUAUAAUUUCUCUACAAAUUUCGUGUCUACUUCUCCCCAAUCUUUAUCAAAUACUGGUGAUUUUAAUAUAUUUGUACUACCCCACUCAUUUCCUCAUACAAUCAAAUCAUGUCAAAUCUCAUAAUGGUGUUCUUCUUCUCUCAUUCUCAGACUCCCCCUCCCCCAAAAAAAUUGCUACAAUGGUUACAUAUGCAUGUUUGUUAUCAUUAUUGGUCCUUUAUAAAAUGCUGAUCCCUGCCUUACUUCUCCAACAUGUUUCCAAAGAAGCUUUUACUUGCUCUAUUGAGCGUUGCUAGUAGUUUUUAGAAUCGAUGUAUCUCUUAAUAAAAGUAUUUUCUCAU